AUGGCUGCUCAUGCUGCCUUCAGACAAGCUGAUCUUAAUGCCGAUGGACGUAUUGAUCUUGGUGAAUUCCGUAACUUCGUAGGUCAAAAUCUUGGUGCUGGUGCUGGCUGGAGUGGUGCUGGUGCUGGCUGGGGUGGUGCUGGUGCUGGUUGGGCUGGUGGUGCUGGUUGGGGUGCUGGUGCUGGUUGGGGUGCUGGUACUUCAGGCUUUGAAUCAGCAGGAUGGCAAUCAUCUGCAUCAGGUGCUGAACUUGAUGGUGGUUAUGAUGCGUCAUACGCUGUUGGCGGUGGUCUUGUUGGCGGUGGUCUUGUCGCUGGUGGUUACGCCGGUGGUGCUGAAGUACUCGCAGGCGGUGUUGGCCUUGCUGGUGAAGCUGCUUUCAUUGGUGGUGGAGCCGCCUUUGAUUCAUCAGCUGCAGUAGCCCAUCAAGUUCACUAUGCUACUGAUGCUCAAGGUCUCUUCCAAGAUCCAAAUCCCACUAUCAUUCGUCGCCCAGCUCCUGGUGGCGUACAAACAUAUACACAAAACGUUCAUGUUCGAUUCCUUCAACCUCCACCUGUUCCACCCCCAGGCCCACUCAUCAUCAGAGAAAUACGCCCACCUCAACCACCUGUUCCACCCCCACUUCGCCUUCGUCAAGUAGCUCCACCUCUUCCUCCACCACCUCCACUUGUUCUUCGUGAAAGACCACCACUACCACCACCAGUGAUUGCAUCUCAAACAGUCAUUCGUCGUUUACCCGGUUUACCAGUUCCACCACGAUCAGUCAUCAUUGAACGUCUUCCACCCCCUCCACCACGACCACGUUAG